GUUAAGAUUUUUAUUGCAACAAUUUGAUUUGGUUGAGAUCAUUUAAUUAAAUCAACAUGAACGAAAUUGAUUCGGAGGCAAAGAGCAGUAUGGGCACCGUUGAUGGUGAGUCCUCGAUACGGAACAUGGAGCAUGUGGUCGAGAGUAUCUGUAAGCGUCUCAAGGUAAUCGCUGUCGAUGUGGAUCGAGUGCAGAGAGCCAAGGAGCUGCUUUCGUCCUUGCAGCGUCGCAAGGCAUUCAUCAAUCUGCUUGGCCUGGAUGAUGAUGAUAGUUUUCAUGCGAAUUCGGAGGACUUCCAGAGAUUGACAUCGCUGCACAGUUUGAGAAUAAUGUCACGGGUCUCGAUAAUGUCGGCGGAAAGUGAGGAGAUGAAAAUGGGCGAGGAACUAAGCGAGGAUAUUUGCCAGUUGCCCUUCGAGGAGGAGCGCUGGGGUAAUUACUUUACGGGAUUCCAGAUACUGGACACACCCGUGGGGGUAAACGACAAUGAGAAUCGGAAAUGCAUUGAGCUAACCGCCGGCAAAUGCAAUCAGGAUUUGCAUUUAUAUUUGUUAUCUGGCAUACGUUGUUUCAUGCUGAAUCUCUUUGUGGGUCCUUUGCGUGAGAACCAGGACUUAAUUGUCCAACUGCGCGAGGCAGAGAUCUGUGUGGCCAAGGAAUAUGGCUUUCCCGUGGUCUCGACCAUUUUUGCCAAAAUGUCGCCACGUUAUCAGUUCACCGGCUAUUUGAGUGGUAGCGAGGACAAGUCCAUCGAGAUGAAGAAGGGUUACAAGGUGAUUCUGACCGUGGAUCGCAACUAUUCUCGGAUCUGUACCUCGCGGGUGAUCUUUGUAAACGCUCGUUUCCUGCUGUGCGAUGUCCGUCGCUUUGAUAUUAUACUUAUUGGGGAAGAUAUUCAGUUGAUGGUGCGCUCGGUGCGACAGGAUCAUCUCUACUGUUGUGUCUGCCGACCUGGUAUACUUGUCUCCUUCAUGCCGGUGCUUUUCCCGUCACGUUGCUGCAGAUUUCGCGUCUCCUACGAGGAGGUGGAGGACUUGACAUUCGCUCGGGAAGUGGGCCUGAAUGUGGUGGUAUCCUAUCUGGCCGGCAGUGUUCCGUAUGUCGACGAUCUGGAGAAGGUAAUGUCUUCACUCCAAUGCGAAAGCCUUCGACUUUAUGCACGUGUUGUGCUCAAUGAAAUGAAGGGUUGCGAUGGAGAGCUCGACUGGAUUGCCCAGCGAUACGAUGGAUUUCUGGUGGAACUGGCUGAGCCUGCAAAUAGUCCGGAUAUCCUGCAAUUGUGUCCCAAUGCCGAGUGCUUCAUGCAACAGGCUUAUGCGGCCCAGAAGCCCAUCGUCCUGGAUGCCUGGGCCAUCAAUGAGCAGCAUCUGCGCGUGGAUCCCGCCCAUUAUUACUACGCCUUCUAUUAUCCGGAUAAAUAUGUGAUCAAAUCUCAAUUGUGCCGUCAGUCCUUCUACUUCAGCUUCCUGCAGAGCGCCAUUUUCGAUCAGAUUGCGACGACGGCGCUGUCCAAGAUGCCCCACUGUGACAGCUCGCACACUGGAGCCGAUGGCCUGGCCCGUGCCGUUGUCACCGCCUCCAUUGAGGUGCAGGCCAAGGUGAUUGUUGUCUGUGGCGUCACUCCACGCAUGGUCCAGAAGAUCUCACACUUCCGGCCCCAUGCAUCCAUCCUAUUUGUGAGUCAGAUGCGCUCUGCCGAGGAUUACGUUUCCAUCUACCACAACGUGACCAUGCUCUCCUUCCGUUCCAAAUCAUUUAGCAGCCAUCGUCGGAAUAUUUUCCGGAAAUCCGUCUUUGCCUUGGCCUAUCUGGCGUCCCGGAAGAUUGUCAAACAGGGGGAGCAUAUUAUAUUGGUUUAUAACUACGACUCGGGCACUACGUUUCCAGAAAAAUAUAUGAUCUAUAAGUUUGACAAGCUGCACUUUGUGGAGCACCUAUCCACUUCUCUAUUUCCGGUGGGUCAAUAAUCUGUAAUGUUCAUUGAUAAGAUUGACGACCAGAAUUCGCAAUUGUUGUCUGAAAAUUUUAAAUAAAUGUAAAUUCCUUUGUUCAUUUUUUA